GAGGGAGGGGGAGGCUGGAGACCGUACAGGAGGAGCAGUCUCUCGAGCCACACACGAGUGAGGAGCCUGGAGCCGCGAGCGGAGACGUGAAAGCUGUAUCGUCAAGCACGGGAUAAAACACACUGUAGUGGACUGACACAGUUGGGACUACAGACAGACUACAUGCACCAUUCUCUCUAGCUUUAAGAAGGCCAGAUAUCAAACGUCAUCAUGAAUUUUGUAAUGAAGCAAGCACUGGGGGGGGCCACCAAAGACAUGGGAAAGAUGUUAGGUGGGGAAGAGGAGAAAGAUCCAGAUGCCCAGAAAAAGGAAGAGGAGAGGCAAGAGGCACUGAGGCAACAAGAGGAGGAGAGGAAGGCCAAACACGCUCGCAUGGAGGCUGAGAGGGAAAAGGUCAGACAGACCAUUCGAGAUAAGUAUGGACUGAAGAAGAAAGAGGAGAAGGAGGCUGAGGAGAAAGCAGCUAUGGAGCAAGCCUGUGAGGGCUCACUGACCCGCCCUAAAAAGGCCAUCCCUGCAGGGUGCGGGGACGAUGACGACGAGGACGAGGAGAGCAUUUUAGACACCGUUCUCAAAUUCCUGCCUGGACCUCUGCAGGACAUGUUUAAAAAGUAAUGGACACAAGACUUUGUCCUGGGGAUGGUGGGCAUUUUUUUUCAUGGGGUCGGAGGGGAAGAGAAUAGUUGUAAUUUGGGAGUAGGGAUUGCGGGUAUUUUGCCAAACUGUGGAAGGCUUCUUCACUGCCUUGACAAAGUCUUAGCUUUUCUUUCUACGGAUGAAAACAGUUCAUACCCCUACAAGGUUUGGUCUUUUCACUGCCAUUCAGGUUCAAAUUGUUUACACUUUAGAGGUCUUUCUAUUAGUUCAAGUUAACUUAUAUGCACAACCAUGGCCUCAUACUUUUUUGUGGGCGAAUUGUGGGCUGUCAGUAUUCAGUGGUCAGGCCCUAAUAAUAAAGGGAACAAUGUCAAGGUAUACAUUCCAUACGGUUGACACUAUCGAAGUCUGGCACUGGGAUAAGGUUUGUGUUUAGAUUGGUCUUUUUUCUCAACCUCUGACACUUGACAAGUUCAGUGAGGGCAAUUUACAACAGCAAUUUUAGCAUGCUGCCUUCCAUUGACUUCCUACUCAUGGAAGUGUUUUGGUUUCUUUUCUGUUUUUUCUGAAAAAAAAGGACUGCAAAUGUCUCUCUGUGGGAUGCAAGAGGUCAAGUUCUGUCUUGUUUUGAAUAGAGUGGUGAAAAGCCCCUACAAAACAGUGACUUAUUUGGGUUUGUUGUUGUCGUAGAUUAUAUGAUGAUGCACUGCUCAUAAUAGUCCCAAGAGAUAAGAUGAUUGUCUGAGUUGUUAUGCCAUUCCAGACGACCUGAAUGCUAAAACUGUAUGCAGUCUGACAGUUCUCAUUUCUUUGUGAUACUCUUAUUGUAUACUCUUCUUCCCUUUUUUAAAAUAAUUGUCUUUUAAUUUGUUAUUGCGCAUGAGAGAAUAUGAUCGUACUUUGCAUUAGUCCUGCCAGCAAAAAAAUUUUAGGAGAGUAUAGUGUCUGAGUUUGCAUUGGGUUAAAAACACUGCCACAUUUGACCUAACAAAUGAUUUAUAGCGCCAAAUAGUUUCUACGAAGGUAAUUUUCUCAAAAUGCUUAAAAAUAUAGUAUAUAUCUAUUACACAUGCAUUGGUCAUCCAGAUUGAUGCACUGAAGGGAGGUAGAUUUUCAGAAAAUAAGCAGUUGAUUUGUUCGAAGCUGGUAACCUUUCCCCAAAGACAAUCAACGCUAAUCACUGCUGGAGGAGAAACUCCUCAAACUUGCCUACAGUUUAUAAUCAUAUAUGAAGAAAAUAAUGGGACCAAUGACCAAACACACUGCAGUUCUUUCUGCAGUAAUGGCUGUUCAACAGUGUUAGUCUGUUACCUCCAAAUAGAUCCGUAAUAGGUUUCUAAUGUACCCAUUUUCAAGAAAAGGCUCUUUGCAAGUGCCUUUGCAGGUGCCACUGCUUUGCUGUGUAAAAUGUCUUUCCUGUUUUUUUUCUAUCUCAGAUCUUUGCCCACGCUUUUUUCUGAAGCAUUGACCAGGCUCAAAUUUCCUGACAGUUGAUAACAGUUGAUAACAGAUAUUGGGUUUCGGUUUGCAUCAAGAAACCAACAGACCAAAGAGAGAGCGAUAAAAUCUGAUAUGAUUUGAACAUAAGGUUUUCAGGACUAGUUUUGCUGUUUGCUGUGACCAGAGAACUGACAGCAAGCUGCAAGUAGAGAUAGCAUUUCACAAUCUAGCUCCUCAACAUCAGGAUCAUAUCUUGAUUUUUAUGAAUAGUAUAUUUGGCACUUUGUUAUAAGGUCUAAUUUUAAUCAGUUGUUUUUUGUUUUUAUAUUUUUUAUUUACUAAAGGAUCUACAACAGCUGACCUAUCCACACAUAACCAUUUUGUAUAAUAGUACUGGGUACCACUUUAUUUGAAGGCUACUCACAUCAUAGGGACUACAUAACUCAUGCAUAAGCACUGAAUAAAGUUUAUGAAACAAGAUUUGAGUUUAAAUGACCAGCUUAUGCUAGUAACUGCAAGAUGACAUAAGAUGUCCUGUUAAGUAAAUGAUCACAUUGUAUUGGGCCUUAAUUGUGAUUGACAUUUGUUCCAUUUAUGACACUAUUAUGAAGCAUCAUUCCCAAGUAGUAAAACUUAUAAGGAAGAUCUAACUUACUUAUGUAGGUGUCGUGCAGCCUAAUGACGACUGACCUUCAGUAAAGUGUUACUCAGUUUUCCCAUUCAAAGUCUGAGUAUCUCUUCCUUCAACUACUGUUUAUUUCUACCAUAGAAGCUGACUUAAUUUGAAGUAUGGUAAAAGUCUUCGGUUAAAAAGCUGGCCUAGUUUGAUGAAUGUGGCUGGAAGCGUAUCAAAGUCUGAAACCUUUUACUUUACUAUUUAUUUUGAGUUCAAACUGAUAAUAAAUAAAAUCCUUUUUGGGAGGUUAUAUUUACUUGUUAAGUAUAAAAAAUAAUACUCAUCAGGUCAAGAAAUCGUGGGUUUAGUAAUGCAUGAUGGAUAUUAUAUACACCCUUUAUCGAUAGGUAACAAAGACAGUAGAUAUUUUUAGCAAUUAUGUAGGUGUAAAAAAAUGAAGAAAAAAGUGAAUUUUUGAACAUUUGAUGCAACACAAUUGACAUAAAUUCCUUUAUGACCGUUAAAUUGGCUUAUUAAGCAUCAAAAUACAUUAAAAGUGAAUAUAAAACAUUAGAAAUAGCUUUAGGUCAAAUACGCCAGGUGAGUUUUCUAUUUCUAAUAGGACGAUAGUAAACGAUGUAAACUUUUUUUCUAGUGCUGAAAGUUUUUUCACUAGUUAAAGCCAUAUUGUUUAGACUGCAAUAAUUAAUGAAAAUAAUAUAUAGGUAAUUCACCUUUUAGUCAUGCAUUUGUUUCCUGUAAAGAUGUAGAGGUUCGUGGAUCCUAUCUACCUAGCUUAUGUGUCUUUAUUCUCUUCCAUUAUAUAUGUGAACCUGUGUAUAUACUUAGGUAUAUAUGCAAACAUUUCUAUAAAGAAAACAUGCGAAAAAGCCAUUGUUGACGUCUUCUGUAUGUACUACGAGUUCUGUGUGUAGGUGUGUCUACGUCUGUGCUCGUUUGUAAUGUAAAACAUGUCGUUAGUUCAUGUACUAUGUUGAUGCUGUGGCUGUUUCAUAAUGUUCUAAUGUGCACAACUCGAAGUCUCAUCGUCUCGGGGUCAGUGCGGUCUGGCUGGGGAGGCUCCUAACGUCUGACAUGCAUGCAGUCUAAUACCAAAACGCUAUGUACUAGGUUCUGUGCUGUUUACGUGUCAUUGUCCCUGCAACAGAAGCUGCUCAUUUGGUCAAUUAAAGGUCAGUUUCAGUAGUUAUGAAUGAAUUGGUCCCUGCGUUAAGGCCACUGCCUAUAUUCCAGUACUAUAAUUAAGAUUGCAUAGCUCUGAACAGCAGGGCGUGUGGACUUCUGGAACAAAAAUCAGGUGUUCUUGAAUUAAAACGUCUAAAUCUACAUUUUUUUCAAGCUUCAUGGUCAUAGAUGAUCACGUUUUAUAUUUGUAAAGUACAUUUUGUAGAUUUCACAUUUGGAAAUGAAAUUUUUAGUCGUUCAGGCUGCAACAUGAGUCGUACAUCUCUUCUAGGCUUUACAUUCCGAUUGAAAUGACAGAAUUACAGGAGCACACUGAAUAUUUCAAUACACCUCACACUGUCAGAUCUAACGCCUUUGUGACGUCUUUACAUAUUAAUCAUGUUUGCGAAUGGCAUUCCUAUUCUGUGUGAAGCUAACAUUACUUACUAAUCAACCGAAGGGCUGUGUUGAUCUGUCUUUGCUUCUGACUUCAAGGAUCCGAUAUUCACAGCAACUUUCUGAAGAUUUAUUCAAAAUUUCUGAAGACUGAUAUUUUAAACUGUUGAUGUAUUGGUUAUGUAGGACUGAGUGGGCAUGAUUCUUCCUCUAUUAAAACAUUUGGCCUCUAAAACCUGUUGAUUUGUGCUAGCUUUUGCAUUAUUUUGCAUGGAGUAACAGCCGCUUUAAUAUGAAUAUUCACCAGUGAAGACACUCCAGCUCAGAUAUCUCUACUAGCCAUCAUUAUUUUUAUCACAUGUAGACUUAACAUAACAUCGCUUCAAAUGCAGGCCUUACAUGUUACAUGUAGCAAACUACAAUGCAUUCAAAACACUAUACAGUGCAGUGCAAAAGUCAGAGACCACCUUUUUUUUCACCAUUUAUUUUCACUCAAAAUGGCCAUUAAGUUAAGCUUUUAUUCUUUUCACGAGAGUCACUUCAGUCAGAAAUCUGCAGGGAUAUUUUUAAACGCCUCCAAAGUUCAGUCUUAGAAGUCGGUUGCAUUUUCUGCUUCUUACAUUCCAAGUAAUCCCAAACACACUCAGUGAUGUUGAGGUCUGGACUCUUUUGUCGAUUUGCUGGUGACAGUUGUGUUGGUCUGCCAGGUCCAUUUUCUCUUUGUUAUUUAAUAAUUUUUUUAAGUCCACUUUUUUCUUUUGUCCCUUUAUUUCUAUAUUAAUUAAUUAAUUAUUAUUUAUAUUUUACAUAAUCCCCUUAGAAAUAUCAGUUGAAAUAAGAAUAGCUUGUGCUUAAUGGAACGUAAAUAAAUGAAGGGUGGUCUCUUCACAGUACUGGAUGUGGCAAUGAUGUUUGCUCUUUCAUUGACUGUUCAAUGCCAAAUAUCGUUCAUUAGCCCAUCUGCCCACAUUGAAAUGCAUUAGUGUCUGUCGGCUGUCCUCUUUGUCAUGUUCCAAGGCAAACACCAUAGGAUCUUCCUGUGCUAAGGGCUAUUAUCAGCACAUUUCCACAGGGGGAAAUAUUCCAUUGCCACGGCACCAUGGUGUUCUGAUGUUACUAUCGUUAACUACUUCAUUUUGCAGAGGAGAAUUAGACUGAGUGCGCAGGAAGGGAGGGGCUGAAAUAUUUGUCUCAAUUUUUUGACUGUGCAUUUUCUCCCACAUUACAAUAAAUAAUUCUCUAAUUCGUUUUUCGAUACACACUAUGUAAACCUAAAACAUUUGUUUGAAUGAAUCAGCUGUUUUCAUCUAUUUGCAUAACACCAGUGUUUAUUAUCAUCUGCACAAAGGAGCUGAAGCUUGUGGCCCAAAAAAGCUAAUAAAUUACAGAUUAACAGAAAUGUCAGUUGGGACGGAUUAAGGAGACAAUUUAACUUCAGGCCAUAGCUGGUCUUUUUCUAACUGCUGUUCUCCGUACACGCACAAAGGCACCGUGUUUCUGACAUUUGAGCACUGCUCAACAUGCCUUUCAGCAUAGACACAUUACACAACCUCAGCAUCCACACUCUUCAGGUCAGCCGAAUACUUUCAGAUCUCUUCAUGUGAAUGUUGGUACACAACUACACUGCAACAAUGUUGUCUUAUAAUGAGAACUCAUCUUAAAUCUAGUGAAUAUUUCUAAUAUAUUUCAUCAUAAGAUUUUCUAAGAACAUUACAAGAUUGUUACUUUAUUCUUUACCAAGGAUUAUUUUGUAGUGCUUAUAACAUUGUAUAUAUCACUCUAUUGCAAUGGUAAA